UCCCAGCGGCCAUAAGCCAGGUCCCCCUUCAAAAAACCCCACGAGCUGCCAAAAGGGGGUCUACGAGCACGAGGCUUCCCGUAAGUGCAUCGGAUCAAUUUCAGCCCGGGCUACCUUAGUGAGGGGUACCUACAUCCACCGUACAUAACUUCAUACUUGGGACCCUUGUGGCCCAAAAGCGUUGAGCAACUGGAUGACCCAAAGUUUAAUGUGAAUACAUCCCCCCUUUGGCUGCACAUAAGCUUUUUUGAGUCUCAAACCUACCGAAUCCAGGGAAGAUCAGAUGUGUAUUUAUGGAUGAGGCGAGUACAUCCCGUCGAAAGCCUAUUGCUGACUGUCGUGGAAGAUGUACUUCCGUACAUAACUACGAAGCAAGCGGCCGGAUUGUCAAGACAUGCCGUGAAACUUGGGUGGGGGUGAAAGGGGUGAGACGGGAAUGUCACAGCUCGGCUUGGGCAUUGAAGACAAAGAAAGUCGAUUCGAGGUCCGCCGACGGAGGACGGAAAAGUAUCUAGCGGUUAUAACCGUUGGGACCGGGAAGCUUUUUUUUUUCUCGCUCCCUUUCUUUCCUCUUUCUCCUUUUUCCUAAGAUAACUUCUUUUUUUUCCUCCGUUCAUUGAAAAGUGCUUGUGCACAGUUGAUCAUGGCUACAGAAGUGACUGGUACCCGAUUCACACUAAACACAGGGGUAGAGAUCCCGGCCCUUGGAUUAGGAACAUGGCAAUCUGCCCCGGGACAGGUCCAAGCUGCAGUCUACCAUGCGUUGAAGGUCGGAUAUAGACACAUAGAUGCCGCACUAUGCUACCAGAAUGAGAAGGAAGUUGGAAGGGGAAUUGCACAGGCUGUCAGGGAAGGGAUAGUCAGGCGAGAAGACAUUUUUGUGACGACGAAGCUAUGGAAUACGUAUCACAGACGGGUAGAGGAAGGGCUAGAGACAAGCUUAAAAGACCUUGGGUUGGAGUACGUGGAUUUGUAUCUUAUGCAUUGGCCAGCACCGAUGAAUCCGAAUGGAAACCACCCGCUUUUUCCCAAGCUCCCCGAUGGAUCCCGGGAUAUUGACUGGUCACGGUCCCAUAUCGAUAGCUACAAGGACAUGGAGAAGCUCCUCGCGUCCGGCAAAGUGAAGGCGAUUGGCGUUUCGAAUUACAGCCUCAAGUACCUUCAACAGCUCCUUGAGCACGUUUCGGUUGUGCCUGCAGUGAAUCAGAUCGAGAACCACCCACUUCUGCCGCAGCAAGAGAUUGUUGAUUUCUGCAGAGAGAAAGGAAUCAUGGUCACGGCAUAUAGCCCUCUGGGGAGCACAGGCGGACCGCUGAUGACGAGCGACGCGGUGGUUGAAGUUGCGAGGAGAAAAGGCGUUUCGCCGUCGACGAUUUUGUUGAGCUGGCAUGUUGCACGUGGUUCCUGCGUCCUCUCAAAGUCCGUCACACCAUCGCGCAUCGAAGCCAACCUCCAUCUCCUUAAACUGGACGAGGAUGAUAUGAAAAUAAUUGCAAAAUUUACGGCGGAAUCGGUAUCUCGAAACGGGUUUACAAGGUUUGUCUAUCCGCCGUUCGGAAUAGACUUUGGCUUCCCCGACAAGACGUUGAAGGAUUGAACCUUGUGUGUGUGUGUGUGUGUGUUUGCUAGGUCAAGGGCAUCAUGUAACUAGAUAGCUACCCAUCUGGCGCAAUCAGGUCUAGCGAGUCACUGUAUGUCGUGAGCAGCUGGUA